GUGGCUUUAACGCUUUUGAUCCCCGAGGGACCUCGCGUUUUACAUUCCUGGCAUUCCGACCUCAGUCCCUCCUCGGUUACUUAUUAUCGCCGCCUGCUCGCUGCACACGCAUUUCACAGCGAAAGAGGAGCGCGGCAGCCCGUCAGUGUGUGUGAGGGGGAAAUAAGCAACAUGAGACCCGUUUGACUCGAAAAGAAACCACCGAUGGAAACCCUGGAAAUACCCAGAAUUUUACUUCGACAUUAAGGACUGCGUUUCGUUAUGAUGAGGACUUGAGACGGUUCACAUCCGACUGAGUUCCAUUGUUUUUACACUGACGACAAGCCGAUCUACUGAGAGCCAGAGACAGAGCGAAUUCACUGGUCCACGCAGCAGCAGCAUGUCUUCCGCUGAAGAGCCGUCUGGUACGGUCCUCCACCGGCUCAUCCAGGAGCAGCUCCGCUAUGGGAACCCCACGGACACCCGGACCCUAUUGGCCAUCCAGCAGCAGGCCCUGCGUGGAGGCAGUGGAAGCAACAGUGGGCCGGGCAGUGGUGGUGACAUGGGCAGGAGCCCGAGAUCCUCUCUGGAGAGCCUUAACCAGGAGGACCCGCUGCUGCCCCAGCUCUCAGCCAGGCAGGAGCCUCAGGGCCAGGAGCACCAGGGGGACUUCCAUCACUCUGAGAGCGGCUACCAGCUGCACGGGGAAAAGCUCCCCACCUACGAGCAAGCCAAGGCGCACUCUCAGUACCUGGCGUCUCACUGGGCCUCUAUGGACCCCAUCAGGCAGUUCCAGAAUGGCCAAAUCCUGCUGCACGAGGGGGCGUUCCACGAGGAGGCCGAGCUGCUGGAGCAGAAGUGCAGCCACGUGCGGUCCCUCAGCGAGCACCGCAUGCAGAUUUCUCUGGAGAGGAGGGAUGCCAGGGCCGAGGCCAUCAAGAUCAGCUCUCACAGCUAUCCCGAGCUUCCCUACUACGCCCCGCAGUGCGUCCAGAAUCUAGGGCCCGGCAUGGACAAACGCAGCCCGCCCCCAGAGUACACCGCCCCCAUUCAGGGCCAGGGAUUUAUCCCCCACCAGAUCCAAGAACCAGUUCUGACCCAGCAUCACAGGUAUGUCCAGUCUGGUCAGCCAGCUGAAGUCCCCUGCUUCAGCCCAUAUAACAGCCUGCCACCUGGUGGCCUGGAGGAACCCAACCAGGUGGAGCUGCUUCUGAUGGAGAAUGAGAGGCUCAGGCACGAGCUUGAAAGUCACAGGGAGAAGAGCGGCUGCAUUCAGAAGUUGGAGCAGGAGAUCAAGCGCAUUUCAGAGGCCUACGAGACGCUGAUGGAGGGCAGUAGUAAGAGAGAAAACCUGGAGCAGACGAUGAGGAGGAGACUGGUGGCCGAAAUCAGGCGGUUGCAGGAUUUCAACAGAGACCUUAGAGAAAACCUGGAAAAUGCCAGAACACAUGUUGCAAAAGAAGUUGAGGCAGCAGACCAUAACCAGCACAUCAUGACAAAACUCCUUGAACAAAACGAGGAGCAGAACUUUGAGCGGGAGCGCGUGGAGAGGGAGGUGCAGCGUGUGCGAGCGACCAUGGAGGAGCAGACCCUCCGGGCCAAGCGGCUGGAGGAGGCCCUGGAUGCGGCCCGAGGACGCGGGCGCCAGCUGGAGGAGGAGCUGAGGAGGAAGAGGGCGUACGUGGAAAAGGUGGAGAGGCUCCAGAGCGCCCUGGCUCAGCUGCAGUCCACCUGCGAGAAGAGGGAGAGCCUCGAGAUGAAGCUGAGGACGCGGCUGGAGCAGGAGCUGAGGAGCCUGAGGGCACAGCAGAGGCAGUCUCAGCCUCCAGGAGUGACCAUGGGCUCGCUUCAAGAGCGCCUGCGUGAGCGCGAGGAGCGGAUCUUGGCCCUUGAGGCUGACAUGGUGCGCUGGGAGCAGAAGUACCUGGAGGAGAGCACCAUGAGGCAGUUUGCAAUGGAGGUGGCUGCCACUGCCGCCGCCCAAAGAGACACCACCAUCAUUAACCACUCACCCUGCCACUCCUCUAACAACAGUUUCAACGAGGACCUGCCUGUAGUCGACCACAGGAAUCAGGAGAUGGAAAACAGGAUCCGCGCUCUUUAUGCCCAGAUCUUGGAAAAAGAUGCUGUGAUCAAAAUCCUCAAUCAGCGACUGCACCAAGAUCAAGGUCAGAAGGAGGAGCAAAGUCCCCGAACAAAUCUGCUCAAUGAGACGGGGUCACCUCUCAGACCUGCCUCCUCAACUCCCUCCAUCAGCUCCACUCUUUCAGAUGAUCAGACUUUGCCAAACCGUCAGUUCUCUGCACAGUCUGAGCCCCCAACGCUAGCCCGGCAGCUGGAGGCAGCAAAAGCCAAAGAGGCUGCCAGCACACCGAAGCUCAACAGUGACAAAGCAGCACCUAAGAGUUUGCCGUUAAACCCCUUCAGAGGCCUGGACGAGCUGGAGGCGGAGGCAGUGGAAAUCUUCAUUUGAGGAACUGUGAGGUGGAUUCUGAAUGAGGGAAAACAAAACAAUCCUCAGUACCUGUGAAGAGUGCACAAAUCGAGAACAAAGUACUGGAUCCAAGAAGAGAUUUUUUUCAGGAAAGAGGCCAUUGCAUAAAAAAAGAGGACCUUUUCACAACCUUGACAGAGCUGUGCUCCGACCCUCUUCUCUCACUGAGCCGGACAGCUGCCGGCAGUCUGCCCGGCGGGGUGAGAGUGCGUGAAUCUUCUUAGGUACUUGAACAGUAUUGUGGAUUGUAAUAGGGUAACGUGUUCUCAGCGAGUGUUUGCCAAAAUAUUUAUAUACUUCUCCCUACAAAUAAUUGCUGCUCUCCCCGUUUAUCGUCCCCCCCCCCUUUUUUUUUGAGUUACGAAGCCUAAUAUUUAUCUAAUCUGGUUUCCACAUUCCCCAAAUAUUAACUUAAGCCUUGAGUUCUUCUAGGCAAAUAUUCAGUUACAGGUUAUCAAUGUGACCUGCAUUCCUUCAGACAGAAAAAAAACGUUGUUUAAAUCCUAAGCAAUCUCACUCCCAUCUGAUAAAUGAUAUCGGUUUGGAAGGACUCCCUUUUGAUUAAUUUAAGAUGAUGACAAAGGAUUGAAUGCUCUUGCUGCUCAUAUUUCCUCAGCCCCAGUAGCUGGUUCUUCAGGGGUUUUCAGGCAUGUGAACAGUGACAUACUAAGUAAAUUUACACUCCAACACAUAUACACACAGGUUUGGAGCUUUGGGAUGUUGUAGAAUCAUGGUGUUGAGUUAACUGUCUAUUCCCCCACCCCCUCCUCUCAAAGUAUGUUUGUAUGUGUGAUGGUAGUUGGCGAGCAUGUGUCCUGACAUGGUGAUUCUGCUGGUUUGGUCAUCAGUGAGGGGCAAAGUGUGUGUUUUUUUUUUCUUUUUUGUUUUACUGUGAGCUUUGAACUAACAAACUGUUUAAUUAAUAUUAUUAUAUAUUUUAUACAGAUGUUUGUAAGGAUAUUUUAGAUAUUCUAGUGCUUUGAGCAGGAUACCAAAGAGUUUGUGUAUAUUAUUUGUAAGUUAUAUGGUGACAAUCAUGGUCUUGUCAAGCUGUACAAAACCAACCAUGUGUUGACUUCAAACAGACAUUUCUGUGGACUUUAAACAAUUUGGAGGUUGUCCCAGUUGGAUUCAUGCAACAUUUCAUGAAGCAAUAAAACGUUUGAUAUACAGU